AUGCAUAGAAGGCUAGAAUCAAGUUCUUCCAGUUCUAACAUUGCACCUGAGGAGAUUGAUUGUGGCUCUGUAGCAGUUCCAUCCGAUGCAUCAGCAGAAAGCAAUGAAAUUGUUUCUUCUCAACCAUCUAUCAGAGAUCCUGCAUUGUCUAGACCAAACAGGGAUGAAGACUUUGACCUUGAUCUCGAGGAUAUUAUGGUAAUGGAGGCAAUCUGGCUUUCUAUUCAGGGAAACAGCCGACCAAGAAAUAUGUCCUAUGAUUUUUCGUCCGAGCAGUAUGGGACACAAUGCUUUAUGCCACAAAACACUGCUGCUCAACCACCGGUUGUUGCUUCAUCAUCUUCAUCAUCAUCAUCAUCUCCUUCUGGCGGUCUUGCCUGUGCAAUUGCAGCCCUUGCCGAACGUCAGCAGAUGGUCCCUGGGAAUGUCGUGUCAACAGAUGACGUACACUGUAACAAUAGCUUCUACAGCACGCUGAGCCAGCAGCACGCAGAUACUUAUGCUCAACCUGAGAGCUCCAGCAAUGUGUCGCCUGAUUGCCAAAUCAUAGUGACAAGGGACGAUGCAGAAUGGAUCGGAAAUCGUGGAUCCGAUGCUGCUGCCGAAGCAGGCACGAGUUACUCGACAAGCUCCUCUGAUACGACGGCAGAAGAGUGUGGAAGUUCUUCCUUAUCGCCAUUGCCGCCUUCAGAUUCCCGGCCACCACUGCUGAAUGAGAUGGGAGGACCUCUUCUUCCUGAAAGCUUUGAGGAGCAGAUGAUGCUGGCCAUGGCAGUUUCGCUUGCUGAGGCUCGAGCUGUAACGACAGGAAGCACGUGGCAAUGA